GUUCGUACUGUACCUUGUUUCUUCGGGUGCAUCCGUGGCCGUGCAUCCAACCAACUUGAUCCUGGAACAAUUUACAUGGGUUGUUGUCUAGGCUAGCCCUAGCGGUGUUUGUUAUGAGGAUGUCUGCUGGAGAGAUAAUCGACAGUGGUAUUGACGAUAAAGAACAUAUUUGGAAGGACCUGUUUGUAGGGAAAUCUUCUGACUAUUGUGGAUAUGUCCAUUCAAUACAAGAUGCAUAUAGUAUCGUUAGACAUUACGAAAAUGAAAUGAACGCAAAGUUUACUACUCGUUUUUCUAGGCACAACCAAUUUGGGGAAACAGAUCUGCACAAAUCAAGUCACAGGGUUUACUGGGAUUUGUUACAACGACCAACAAAUGCACAAGACAGCGAGCCUGUUAUCUUCUUCUCGGCCUCGGAUGAAAACUGUCCGUAUAUCCAUGUCAAUAGUAAAGACAUGCUCUGUGAAUAUGGGGAAGAUAUGCAAGUGGCUAGGAAGUUAAAAUAUAGAGACAACAUAAGCAAAAAUGAGGAGCGAAAAUCUAAGAGAAUGCGGGGAACGGUAAACAUUAUUACCAAGAAGUGUGGCUGUCCAUCGAUAAUUAAAAUGAAAGAGAUUGUACUAUUCCCAUCUUAUAGGUUACCAAGAACAUCUGAAUGGAAGCGAAGAGUAGCUGCAAAGUCCCUUCGACAAGAUGUAAAGCAAGGCAAGAAUGUUGAGAUUGAAAGAAGAAUUUAUAUUCUUCUGCCAAAGAACUCUACUCAUUGCAAUCAUCCAAACAGGAAUGCAAAGUCUGAAGUAGCAAGCAUGUUUGCUGCCCUCAUGGACAAACCAGGAUCUGCUGACAAGAUAUAUAUUGGGGAGAUGUCACAACCGGAACCGUACAAGAAUACAGUGCUGAUAAAAGUUGCUGCAUCCAGUGUCAAUAGAGCUGACACUUUACAGCGUCAGGGCCUACUUCCUCCAUUACCAGGUGCAAGCCGUGCUCUAGGUAUUGAAGCCUCUGGGACUGUUGUGAAAGCAGGGCCCAAGUGCAAGAAGAAGUGGGAGAAAGGGAUGAAAGUGAUGGCUCCAUGCAAUGGUGGCGGAAAUGCGGAAUAUGUCUGUGUGAGCGAAGAUCAUAUUAUGCAAGUUCCAAGUCAUAUGACGCUCUGUGCGGCUGCCGCCAUUCCGCAAGUCUGGUUAACUGCCUAUGACCUCUUACAUAAUGUUGGAAAGCUGCAAGCUGGGGACACAGUACUGAUACAUGCAGGUGCUAGUGGCGUGGGAACAGCUGCAAUACAACUCGUUAACCUAGCUGGAGGCAAAGCCAUUGUUACGACCAGUAGCCCUGAAAAAAUUGAGCUUUGUAAGAACUUAGGAGCAGUAGAUGGUUUUAACUACAAAACUGACCAGUUUGCUGAUUCCAUUUUAAAAUUAACCAAAGGGGAAGGUGUAAAUGUGAUCCUUGACUGUGUAGGAGAGACACAUUGGGAACACAAUGCUAGAGUUAUAGCUCCAGAGGGGCACUGGAUUGUGUACGGGGUGCUCUCCGGUGCCAACAUAAAUGGACCCUUAUUUGACACCAUACUGAACAAAAGAAUCACAAUCAAGGGUGUUAAACUCAGAGCAAGUACAUACAAGUACAAGGCCAAUCUCGUAGCAUCUUUUUCUGAGAAAAUUCUACCACACUUUGCUCCAACGAGUACUGUACCACUGUCUCCAAUUGUGAACCGUAUCUUGCCUCUGUCUAUGGUAGGUGAAGCCCAUAGAUAUAUGGAAGACAACCAAUGCAUUGGAAAAAUCAUCCUUGACGUUCAAGGUGAUGGAAACUUGUUAACAAUAACAGAUAAUCAAGAAAUGGAAGCUGCGGAAACUAUUCAAGCGAUUGCUCAGGCUGUUAAUAACCUACAGUCACAAUCACCGAAUGAUGAAAAUCUAACCGAAGUUGUAGUGAUGUCGGAGGGUAAUCAUGAGGAAAUAUUCCAAGUCGAGUGUGCUCAGGAAGAUGCCAGGUGUACUAGGCAAGAUGGUGAGCGUAAGAAACAAGAAACAAAUCUAGUAGUUGACAAAUCUAUAGUUAUAUCAAACAUCUCUGAAGAGAAACAAGAUGAAGCGUCACAUGCUAAUCAUGCACCAGACAAAAGUAUGGAUAACUCGAAGAAUGGUAAUUUGAAAUCACAAGACUUCCAACCUGGUUGUAAUAUGGAUGAUGCAAAAAAAAGUAAUGUACAGCAACAAGAACUGCAGUUGUUGGAAAAUAACAUUACGCUGGUCGCAAAGGAAAUGGACAGUGAAACAGAUAGGAACUCAGAAGAAGUUGUUUAUGUUAUUGUCGACAAUGGAGGUUCUUCAGUUAUUGAAAUGUUAACCGGCGACAACAUAGAUAAGACAAGUGAUUCAACGACGAUAAUACUUGAACAAUCAGAUAAUCCAACUUCAGAACAAUCUAGCAAGCAUGUUAGCUGAAUCACCUGUGUUAUUUCAAAUGAAAACAAAAUAUUAAAAUACAUAAAACUUUUUAAAA